AUGUCGUCAGCGGUGCACAAGGACAUUGCGCACGUGUACAAAGCCGCAGGACUGCACAGCUUUGAGACGGUCAAGGCAGUCUAUUUGCACCCACAGCCGUUUUCCGUCGAAAACGACCUGCUCACCCCCACGUUUAAACUCAAGCGCCACGACGCCAAGGAGGCAUUCUUGCCGACCAUGCAAGUCGUCGCCACCCUCGUCCGUGUGGCGAUAGCAACGAGGGCAACUUGCAAUACAGGUAUGGUGCUGGAUGGUGGAGACAGCAAAAAUAUGUCUCCGCCAUCCAGCACCACCCCAGCGUUGCCAUCCCCGCACUCCUCCAAGCCCAAGGCAAUAGUGUCAACCAUCAACCCUCUCGUUCGACACUGCCGCCAGGUGCUGGAUGGUGGAGACAGCAGAAAGAUGGCUCCACCAUUCAGCACCGCCCCAGAGUCGCCAUCCCCGCCAUCCCCGCACUCCUCCAAGCCCAACGCAAUAGUGUCAACUAUCGCGUUCGACACUGCCGCCAGGUGCCGCCAAUGAGAAGGUCAU